CACGCUGUCACAGGGAGAACGUGCAAACUCCUUACUGAUAGCGCCGGAGGUCAGAAUCGAACCGGGGUCUCUGGGGGCGGUUGCAGUUCCACCUACAGCUAACCCAACCCCACAAAUAUCACCCAGAACGAGCCUCUCCAUCUCCAGUGUAGCAGUGUUACAACACAAUGUGAGCAACUCACGUCAAAAUAGGUUGAGAAACAGGAAGCCACAAGGAAGUACAGAUGCAGUAAUAUCUGAUAGUCUGCUCGGGUAGCUUGCAACCCAAUGGUGGGAACAUUGAAUUUUCUAGUUUUAAGUAACUAACCCACAACAAUCCUUUCCACUAACCUCCGUCCCUUUCCACAUAUAUAUAUCCUUUCUUCCAGCUUCACAUUCCAUGCCUCUUCUCUCCAUAUCUCACAGCCUUUUAUCUUCUUUCCAUCACUGGCCUUCAUCCACCCAUCAGCCAAUAACCCUCCCUCCCUCACCUGUAUCCAUCUACCACUUGCCAGGCAUCAUCCUCCCCCCACCUCUCUCCCAGCUCUCUCCCCCCUACCACAAUCAGCCUGAAGAAGGGUCCCAACCCAAAACGUCACCUAUCCAUGUUCUCUGGAGAUGCUGCCUGGCCCAUUUACUCCAGCAUUACAUGUCUGUUUUUGAGAAAUAGGAAGUUGUGAAGUUGAUAAGAAGAUUUGAACACCAGUGUAAAUAUUUUGAAACCAAGUCAUUGGUUCUACGGGUUAGGGUUGGUAUGACUAUACAGGGUGGGUUAUCAGGUCUGUGAGGUGUGGAGAACUAUGGUCAAGUCCAAAUCCACCCACAUGUCACAUUGCCAGGGUAAAGGGUGAGUGGGGCAGAGCAGGGCGGGGCACUGGCACCAGCGUUAAACUCAUAGAGUCAUAUAGCACAGAAACAGGCCCUUCUUCCCAACUUGACCAUGCUGACCAAACUGCCCACCUGCACUAGUUUAGUAUAGAGGUACAGCAUGGAAACUGGCCCUUCGGCCCACCGAGUCCGCACCAAACAGCAAUCCCCACACAUUAACACUAUCCUACACGCACUAGGGACUAUUUACACUUAUUCCAAGCCAACUAACCUACAAACCUAUACGUUCUUGGAGUGUGGAAGGAAACUGAAGAUCUCGGAGAAAACCCAGGCGGUCACGUGGAGAACGUACAAACUCCAUACAGACAGCACACGUAGUCGGGAUCAAACCCGACUGUAAGCGCUGUAAGUCAGCAGCUCUACCACUGUUCCACCGUGCAGCCCUGGUCCACUAGUCCCACUUGCCCCCGUUUGACCCAUCUCCUCUUAUAUCAGUAAAGAUCCAGUUUUUACCUUCAGUCCCGAGGUAGUAUCUCGGCCGGAAUACAAACAUACACUUUUUGUCUCCACAGAUGCUGCUUGACCCGUUGAGUUUUUCAGGUGUUCUGCCUAUUGUUCCAGAUUCUAGUAUAUGCAAUCUCCUUUAUCUUCUCCCCUCACACAACCCUAAUCCUACCUCAACAAUAUUAUCUCACAGAAGCUGAUGCGUACAUGGAAGGAACAUGUCCAGAGGAGCUAGUGGAGACUGGUACUAGUAACAACAUUGAAAAGCAUUAGGACAAGGUACGUGGAUAGGAAAGGUUUGUAGGGACAGGGGUCAAAUGCAGGCCUGGUUUUUACGGUGGCACAGCAGUAGAGUUGCUGCCUUACAUGGUAUAACAGCACCAGAUACCCGGGUUCAAUCCUGGCUACAGGUGCUUGUCUGUACAUAGUCUGUACUUUCUCCUAGUGACCUGCGUGGGUUUUCUACGAGAACUUCAGUUUCCUCCCACACUCCAAAGACGUACAGGUUUGUAGGUUAAUUGGGUUGGUGUAAAUGUAAACAUUUGUGUUAAUGUGCGGGGAUCGCUGGACGGUGCGGACACAGUGGGCUGGAGGGUUUGUUUCCCCACUGUAUCUCUAAACUAAACUAAAGAGGGACCAGCGUACAUGGGACAUCUUGAUCAGCAUUGGGCAAGCUGUUUCCCUGCUGUAUCACUCUAUGAUUUUAUGAAUCACAUCCUCAAACUCAGCUUUACCCGGUCUCCGAUGCUCAAGUAUUUGAAUACUUCAAGGAGUUUAUCUGGUGACGUGAGUUGACAUCAGUUCGCAUGUGACGAUAGACAACAGACAAUAGGUGCAGGAGUAGGUCAUUCGGCCCUUCGAGCCAGCAUCACCAUUCAAUGUGAUCAUGGCUGAUCAUCCACAAUCCCCGUUCCUGACUUCUCCCCAUAUCCCCUGACUCCACUAUCUUUAAGAGCCCUAUCUAGCUCACUCUUGAAAGUGUCCAGAGAACCGGCAUCCACCGCUCUCUGAGGAAGAGAAUUCCACAGACUCACAACUCACUGGGUGAUAAAGUGUUUCCUCAUCUCCGUUCCGUUGGUGUCUUAUUUCUCCUGGGUAACGUUUCAACAGAUGAGAAGAUGAGGAAGGCUGGACAAAUUAGUGACGUGCAUUUUGUGGUGGGUAAACAGAUCACAAGUUCACACGUUCCAGGAGUAGAAUUUGGCCAUUCGGCCCAUCGAGUCUACUCCGCCAUUCAAACAUGGCUGAUCCCAUACAAGUUCAGACACAGUGUGCCCGCAUUUGGGGGAGGGGGUUGAGGGGGUGGGCAAGGGAAUGUUUGCGGUGGUGGACAGAGCACCAGUCAAGUGGGCAAACGUCACCAGGAUGAAGCAGAGCUUCGAGGAGAUGCUCCAAUCCAGGCAACUGGAGAGUGUUGUAGCCCACUCCUGAUAGGGGCAUUGUCCGUGGUGAGGAGGCUGGGGGAGGUGACAAGUGAGUCACCAAGUUAAGUCUUGAACCACUGCAAAGUCGUUUCCUGUGUAAACGGAAAUUGACUGUUUGACUUCAGUUGUGAAUGAGGAAGAGGACAACUCAGACGCAGUGCACGGACCAAACCGAUCCAACGUAGCCGAGACAUGGCGGUGGGACAGGGAGAAUUCACCCUCCAGAGACGGCCCAGAUCCAGGGGAACAGUCGCUCUGUUGGUUCUUGUCGCUGUUGGUCUCACACCAGGGUCAAGGGGAAUAACUGAACCCGAGGAGGUGAGGGGAGAGUUGGGGCAGUCGGUCACUGUGGAAUGUCAGUAUGGUCGGAAAUACAAAGACAACGACAAGCUAUGGAGUAAAGGUGAUUAUUUCUUUCCAUCUUCUACCGUGGUUUCUACUGAUGACCCACAACGAGGGAGAACAUCGAUGACUGAUUUCAAAGAACAACGGAUAGUUUCAGUCACCAUCGACAAGCUGGAGAAGAGUGAUGAAGGACUCUACUGGUGUGUGAUUGUAAAGGGAAACGAUUCACCCAUUGUAUCGGCCUCCAUCUCAUUGACGGUUUCUGAAGGGUCAAGGGGAAUAACUGGACCCGAGGAGGUGAGGGGACAGUUGGGGCAGUCGGUCACUGUGGAAUGUCAGUAUGGUCAGGAAUACACUGACAACAAGAAGCUGUGGAGUAAAGGUGAUUCUUACCGGAAUUCUUAUACUGUGUUUUCUACUGAUGACCAACGACGAGGGAGAACAUCGAUGACUGAUGACAAAGAACAACAGAUAGUUUUAGUCACCAUCGACAAGCUGAAGAAGAGUGAUGAAGGACUCUACUGGUGUGUGAUAGUAAAGGGAAACGAUUCACUCAUUGAAUCGACCUCCAUCUCAUUGACGGUUUCUGAAGGGUCAAGGGGAAUAACUGGACCCAAGGAGGUGAGGGGAGAGUUGGGGCAGUCGGUCACUGUGGAAUGUCGGUAUGGUCAGGAAUACACUGACAACAAGAAGCUAUGGAGUAAAGGUUAUUAUUACACACUAUCUGAUACCGUGGUUUCUACUGAUGACUCACAACAAGGGAGAACAUCGAUGACUGAUAACGAAACAAAACGGAUAGUUUCAGUCACCAUCGGCAACCUGAAGAAGAGUGAUGAAGGAUACUACUGGUGUGUGAUUGGAAAGGGAAUAUUUUCAAGCAAUGAAAAGACCUCCAUCUCAUUGACGGUUUCUGAAGGGUCUCAAACAAGCCGCCCAGACAUGGUCACCACCACCUCUACAACAAUAAGCACAAAGGCUUCCACCACAACCACUCUGACCACCAUGCCUCAAGGUACACCAACCACCAAGGCAGCAAGUUCUACUGAGGCUUCUAGUUCAACACCUCCAAACAGGGACGCAUUUCCAUGGAAGGUUGUUCUAUCGAUCGCCUUGACAAUUGUCUUUCUUCUGUUCAUCGCUGGCAUUAUCCUAUGUGUAAAAAUGAGGCAGAGAAAGAAAACUGGCUCAAAUGAACAGAGAAUUAUGAGUCAGCAAAAUCCAGCAGACAGUUUCAAGGAAACCCCUGUCAUUUAUACCACCGUGACAACCCGUCCUCCAGCUAGCACGGAUAAUACUUACAUGAACCUUCAGGAUCUGAACACACAAGGACAAGCCAAGAGGCAAGGUGCCGCAGAAGUUGUGUACGCAACAAUUCUCACUGAUAAUAAUUAAUUCAAUCACCGGUGAACACCAAGAAUACAUUGGAAACGGACAGUCUGGUAAAAUUGCCUUUGCUUACCCAUUAAUCCAGACACUUGUGUUCAGAUCUCACCAGUGCAUGGUCAUCAAGAUAACUGGAGAUUUUGGGAAUCUGAUAAAGAUAGAACAUAGGAAAGUACAACAGGCCAUUCGGCCCACAAUAUCCGUGUUGAAAAUUAAAAAUGCAAAAAGUCUCGGCUGGUCAGGCAGCACCUGUGGAGAUAGAAACAGAGAUAACAUGAUAGUUCGAUGACCUUAAGAUGAGAGGGGAAAGAUUUAAUAGGAACCCGAGGUUCAACUUUUUCACUCAGUGGGUGGUGGGUGUAAGGAACAAGCUGCUAGAGGAGGUAGUUGAGGCAGGUACUAUAACAACAUUGAAAAGACUUUUGGACAGGUACAUGGAUAGGAAAGGUUUGGAGGGAUAUGGGCCAAAUGCGGGAAGGUGGGACUAUCAUAGAUGGGUUGGCAAGGACAAAUUGGGCCAAAUGGCCUGGUUCGUGCUGUAUGUUUCUUAGAGUUUGUAUUCAACAUAGGAAAAUAAGAGUAGAAAGAGGCCAUUCAGCCCUUCAAGCCAAUUCCGCCAUUCAACACAAUCAUGGCUGAUCUGCCUCCAACCUCAUUUCCUCUCCUGUGCCAGUACUUCAAUGCCCUCGACUCCCUGCCCCUUCAAACUCCUCUUUAAAUACCCCUAAUGAUCCAGCCUCAAUAACCCCCCAGUAGCAGAUUAUUAUAGGGAUUCAUCACUCCGUUCCGCUUUCCACAAAUGCCGCCGAACAUGUUGAGAUUUUCCACCAUUUUUCUUUUGCCUCAAUUAGAACAGUUGUGGAAUUUGAACUCUGUUAUUAAUUUGUGAUUUACAUAUAAAUAUGUAUAUGUACUGUUGAACACAAAACUGCCGGCUUGGUGUUAAAACUCACUGGUUGACUUUCCACCAUCCAGUUUACCAAGUGAAACAGUUCUGUUACUAAGUCAUAGAGUCAUACAGCACGGAAACUGGCCCACGUGCUUUCCAGCCAAUUGCUUUAAUUUCCCAGUAGUUUGUGAAUGUUUACGCCAAGCGCAGUGGCUUGCAAAUAUGUGUAUAAGGAACAGGAAUCGCAAGUGUGAGAUUGUGUAAAUAUGUUAAAACGUUUUGUAAUGAAACAUCUACAGAUGACAUGGUAGAUGUUGUAAGCAUACAAUAAAGUACACUGGUCCUCUGAAUACAUGGUGAGCCCAAGCUACUAAUGACUUUGUGGAAGGUGGUUUUGCGAAUGGACGUAAAACACAGAACUAAAGAAUUUGGUGGAUUAACACUCCCUCAUUUUUUGUAUUAUUAUUGGGCAGCAAAUGGCAAAAAUGUGAUUCACCUGUUGGACAACUCUGCCCAGAGAGAGGAUUGCUCCCCUUUUAAUAUAGGAGCAAUCCUUUCCCACCAAUAAAAUUGAAUAAAAAAUGCAGUAAAAAUCCAAGCUAUUCAUAGUACAAUUAGAAUUUGGAAUCAAAUAAAAUUAACCUUAAAAUUAAAAGAAACCUAUCACCUUUUUCCCCCAAUAGAUAAUAAUCCGUCAUUUAAACCAUCUAUUAUAGAUAAAUCAUUUACAUACUGGGAAAGAAUAGGAAUUAAAAUGUUUGGAGACAUGUAUGAAUUUUUUUUUUUUUUUAUCAUUCCAACAACUACAACUUAAAUACAAUCUGAGAAGUAACCAAUAUUUUAAAUAUUUUGAAAUCCAUGACUAUUUGAAAAAAUAUACACAAGAAUAUCAAAAUUUGUCUCCAGACUUAUUAGACGAAGCAAUGAAUAUAAAGGGGGAAUCAACUAAUUUAAUAUCAUACUUGUAUAAUAUCAUCCUAAACAUAGAAAUACCAUCAUCCGAUAGAAUUAGAAGAGAUUGGGAACAAGAACUAGCUAUAAAAAUUUCGAAAGAGAGGUGGGAUAAACACUUGUAAAAUGUGCACAGAUGCUCGAUCAAUGUAAGACAUAUUCUAAACCAAAACUUUACAUAGACUAUAUUACUCAAAAACUAAAAUAAGUAAACUUUUUCCAAAUGUCUCCCCCAUCUGUGAUAAAUAUCUAUCCCAAGAAACAACCAACUAUAGCACAUUCCUUUGUUUUUUGAAUUAAAAUCCAAACAUUUUGGAAUGAAAUCUUUGACAUUUUUUCAAAGUUUUUUCAUAUAAAACUGAAACCGAAUGCAGAAAUGAUUAUUUUUGGAACGAUGGAAGCCAGCCUUGAGCUGACUUCGUUCCAAAAGAGCUUCCUUAAUUACGGCUUAAUAAUGGCAAAAAAACUUAUACUUAAAUUCUGGAAAAACGCUCCCACACCAACGAUAAAAAUGGGGAUUUCAAAUGUGUCCGAAAUGUUACACCUGGACGUUAUCAGAUUCCUCCUAGCAAGCAAAUCAGAUCAUUUCCAAAUGAUUUGGUCUCCAUUUAUCGACUUAUUACAAGUAUCGGGUGCAAUAACUUUGAGAAUAAACGGUUUCAGGACCUGGUGAGGGGUGUGGGAAGUUACGAAGUAGGUAUUUCCCUUUUAUCUUAUUUUCCUUUCUUAUAUCUUCUGUUCUCUAUUUUUCUCUUUCUUUUUCUUUGGUCUUCUCUUUAUCUCUUUUUCGUGUUUUACGUUCCUACGGGUCUCUCUUGAUCACUCUUUCACGCACUUACUAUCCUAUCUAACUCUCGUUCCAUUCCUUCUUUUUAAAGUUUAAAGCAAGAAGUGAUACAGGAAAUGUAUUGUGUUAUUUUUGGCUUAUAUCACUGUAAUGUGCAUUACUUCUAAUAAAUAAAAUAUUUAAAAAAAAACACAGAACAGCACGGGAACAGGCCCUUCGGCCCACAUUGUCCAUGCCAACCAUGAGGCAAAGUUAAACUGAUCUCAUCUGCCUGCACAUAGUCCACUAUCCCUCCACC